GUGAAAUGGAAGAUGGGUAAGAGGAGGUAGAUAGAGGUAACGUUACUGCUCAAUAGUGAAAAAUGGGUUACCGCCGAAUCGACGGUCAUAGGAGGUAGAACUUUUCUUUUCCGCUUUGCCCUUCUCCUUUGUCGCACACUUGCACCUCUUCUUCUUCAACUGAUUCAACCCUUUGCUGCCCACUUCUUCAUCUUUAGCGUUGCAAACCAAAUAUCACGGCCCCUUUUACCGGAUCUCCGGAGCUGUGAAGAUGGCGGCGAUGUCGUCCCAGCUUCAAUUCUCCGCUAUUGCCGGCCUGAAUCAGAUCCAAAGUCGUCAUUUCCGGCGUCUUUUUUCCGAUGGUCAUGGAUCUUUGUUUUCAAGUGGGCACACUGUUCCCAUUUCGGCCAAAUUUCUGGCCAGCUUGAAGACUGCCUGGGUGGAUGACUUGAAGAAUGGCCGGCUUGAAGACUGCUCGGGUGGAUGACUUGAAAUGAAGAGUAGUGUUGAAUAGUGUAUAUUCUAUUAUUAUAAAUAGGAGUGAAAGCCUCAUAAAGAGAGAAUGCAAUU